AUGAAAUUUGCAUGGGACUCUUAUAAGAAUGGGUCAUGGGGUUAUGACGAAUGGGCGCCAGCUUAUUUUAUAGGGAAAAAUUGGUUGGGCGCACUUGGUUUAACAAUUAUAGAUUCAUUAGAUACAUUACACAUAAUGGAUAUGAAGGAUGAACUUUAUGAUGGCAGAGAAUGGUUAUCAAAUUUAAAAUAUUCAAAUACAACUGGUCAUGAAAUUUCGGUAUUUGAAUUCAAUAUUAGGUAUUUAGGUGGUUGCUUGGCAAUGUAUGAUUUAACUGGUGAUGUUGUUUAUUUAGAAAAGGCAGUUGAGUUUGGUGAUUUGUUAAUGCUUGCAUUUUCAGAUAGUUUUCCGUUCCCAUACGCUUUUUUAAAUAUUAAAACCAAAUAUGCAAGAAAUAAAGGUGGUAACUGUCUAGUUUUGGCAAUGUUUGGCACAAUGUCACUCGAGUUUACACGUUUAUCAGAUCUAACUGGUGAUUCAAAGUAUAAAGAUAGGGUCGACAUCAUUUUAGAUUCGUUAGCAAAAAUGAAAACUAAAUAUAAUGGAUUGUAUCCAUGUAUGGUUUCAAUGGAUGCAACUGAGUUUUGUUAUUCAUCAAUAUCAUUAGGUGCCAAAGGUGACUCAUUUUACGAGUAUCUUUUAAAAAUGUGGAUUUAUACAGAUGGUGAAGAAAAGUAUUCGAGACUAUUUGUAGCAUCAGCAGAUUCAAUCAUCAAGUAUCUUUACAGAGUAACUAAAGCAGGUCAUGGAUUCAUUGGAAAGAUAAAAGAUGAUAGAUUGGAAGAAUUAAAUGAACACUUAACAUGUUUUGCUGGUGGUAUGUUUGCAUUGGCUUCAGUUACUAAUAUUACUGGUAAUACCGAAAAGAAUGAAAUAUAUAUGCAGGUUGCCAAAGAAAUUACAAAAACAUGUGUGCAAAGCUACUUCAAAUCACCCACCGGUCUAGGUCCCGAAAUUUUUAAAUUUGAUCCUGUUACUGGUGAAAUUCUUUUAAACGAUGUCAAUCUAUAUAUACUAAGACCAGAAACCAUAGAAUCAUUGUUCAUACUCUAUCGACUUACAGGUGACAUUAUCUAUCAAGAAUGGGGCUGGAAAAUAUAUAAAAGUAUAGAAUUACACUGCAGAGUGCCAAAUGGAUACAUUGGUUUAAAAAACAUUAUUACUGGCUUCAAAGGUACAACCCAACAAAGCUACUUUAUGUCCGAAACUUUAAAAUAUCUCUAUUUGCUCUUUGUAGACUCGAGUAUAAUUCCUUUAGAUAAAUAUGUAUUCAAUACAGAGGCACAUCCAAUAAAGAUAAAAUACAACAACUCAAAUUAA